AUGGAGAACCUUGACAGUGUUUCAACAAUAAAGGACAGCAGCAAUAUUAUGGAUAUUAAACAUGAACCAGUAACAUUUGUGGAGGGAGAAAAUGUUACAUUUAAUUGUUCUGGUGAUGUUGGGAGACCGCCUGGGAUAUUUCUGUGGCAAGCAAUUCUUCAUGAAAAACAAAUGCCAUUGUUUUCGAAUACAUCACUCAACGAAAUACCUCAAUUGUGUUCCUAUAAUGGUAUAAGUGUUCUGAAUCUCCAAGUAACCGCGGAAGACAACCAGGCAAGAAUAAGAUGCAAAGUACAAUCUGGAGUAUCUGAUGAUGCCCUGUAUGUUGAAUCCGAAAGAUUAAAUGUUUACUUUAAAGUAAAAGAUCCAGUAAUAAUAGUAUAUCCUGAUGAACUGAUUUAUGAGAUAGGAGAGCUUAUUAAAUUGCAAUGCAAAGCCAGUGGUAAUCCGGCGCCUACUUAUACAUGGAUCAAAGAUAGUAGUUCAAAUGAAACCUUGUCCAGUAAUAACACGUUUGUUAUCCAAGAAGCUAACAUCAGUGAUAGUGAUUUAUAUACUUGUCUGGUGAAUAAUUCCAUAAAUGAUAUAGUUUAUUCGGCAAAAGGAUCUAAAUAUAUUGAAAUUGUAAAGUACAGAUGGAUAUAUGGAAAAUCAGCAAAACUUGCAGUGUUGAUUACAGUUAUCAGCAGUUCCAUAAUGUUGAUCGUAGCCACAGGAUGUAUAAUCAUAUAUCGUCUAAAAACUAGCCAGGGAAACAAGUAUCUUGAUACGGUUAGACCUCAGAACCAGACAUUGACCAAACCUGAAAUUCUUGCGUACGAAUAUGCUGCAGUUAGCUUUGAAGGUCUAGAAGAAAGCAGAGUCACAUUAGAAGCAUCAAAUACUUUUAAACAACAGACAGAAAAAUAUAAGAAUGAUAAGUAA